AUGUUACCCAAUUCCUACGUCCAAUCUAUGUACAUAAAUCCACAGUAACAAGUAGCCCCCCUACCCUUCGGAUAUACUACCAACACCCCCACUAAACCUGUAUAUCAACCCUAACCACCAAUUGAAACUGAAUAUUAAAUGAAAGUGCAACCUGAGCCUCAUAGAGAGCAGAUAAUUGUCCAGCAACCAAUGCCAAACAAAUCUAUUACUGUAGUGAAACCAAAGAAGUACUCUUAUUUGAUAGAUUGGUUACUUUACAUAUUGCCAAUAGCUUUCUUUAUAAUAAUUCUCCUAAUUAUGGCAUUACUUUUUGCUUCCAAAGUGAAACAUCUCAACCCUGAAGGAGCACAUAACACACUUGAAACUUUGAAAAAUAAUAUGCAACUGGCACCAAUUGAAGAUAUCGUCGUAGCAACCCCAUCUUCAUCUGCUUCAACUCUCAAUAUGAUAUCAUAUUUUACACACGAUGCAAUAGAGUGUCCAGACGGCUAUGGAAGAACUCAUUUAGGUUAAUGGGACGGAGUGUCAUCUGGAUGCAUAUGUGAGAAUGGGGAUAUCAGUCAUUCUCUCACUUGUUUCUACAAAUCCAAUUGUAAACGAGUGAAAUCUCAUGAUCCUGAAUUAUUUACAACAUGGUAAUAAAAAUAAUAUUGUACUAAAUUAUAUGCUGAAUGGAAAACAUUGGAAGGUGCUGCUUGUUAAACUUCUUAUAAGUAAUGCGGAAAUGUUUGUGUUCCAGAAAAUAAAAACUGUCCACUCUCAGGAUUACUAAAAGACAAUUCAAGAUAGAAUGAUAGAAAUGCAAUUAAAAUCGGAACUGACAAUUACAUCAAACAAUUCGAAAACUCUUCUCCCAUUGUUAGCAUUGAAGUUGUACCAGGAAUUGGAGAAGCUAAUUCAUCACCAUGUUAUAACCAUAAAUUGAAUCCCAAAUUCUAAUCCGCCAAAUACUAUCCUUUGGCUAAGAGACCUGAAAUCGGUUGUGACGACUACAAAGAUUUACAACCCCAUAGAAUCACUUUGAAUACAUUUUCAGCCCAUCAAACCUACUAAUAAAAUGGCUUAGCAGAUGUACUAUCUUAGUUGCCCUUCUAUCAAAAUUAUGAAGACAACCAAGAUACGUAUGCAUUAGAAGCCAUCAAGAAAAUUCAAAUUAAUACCAAUGAGGUUUGCUAAAAAUUGUCACCCAAAGACAUUGAUCAAAUCUCCAAGAGCGGAUAAAGAGUCUACAAUUCAGAGAGAGCCAUGUCCUUAAUUAUUAUUAUAGGAGUCGGAGUUGUUCUCUUCUUGGUUCCUAUUUUAUAUCUGAUGAAAAACAGAAUUUUCUAAUGGAUUGACAUGACUGAUUUCCAUCAACCAAAGUUCUUAUGCGGCAUUGGAUUGAUCAUAGCCAUCUUAUGUAUCGGAUUAGGUGCAGUUUAUCUGAACGAAGUAGAUGGAAAUAACGGACUCAGAGAACAUAAUACUCAAUUUUCUAAAUAUCUGGAGAAAAACUGUUUCCCUGACGAAGGCUUAAAAUAGGCUAUUACUGAAGUUAACCAUUUUGCAAAGAAUGCUUACUCUAGCACUUAUUCUCUUGUUGUUGCAGCAUUUUAUGUCAGCAUCAUUUUUAUUGUCCUUCUAAUCAUUUUUGUUGCUUACUAAUACUAUGCUCAUAAAUCAUUGUUCGACAAUCCUUGGACUUCCAGAUAACAGGAAUAUUCAGAAUUUCAUUGAUACAUAUUAUAUAACAAUAGCCAUUAUUUAGUAUA